AUGGCCUCGCAUCAGCUGCGAGCGACAACCGACGCUACCCGCGACACUGCCGACACGGUCGCUCGCCCUGAGCGCGAGCGCGACGACCACGAGCAGGAGGACGCCGGCUCGAGCAACAGCCUCUCGCAGGCGGGCAAGCGCGGCAAGGACGACGGCGACAAGGACAACACGCAGGCGCAAGACGACGACGAGCAGGACGCGCAGCCUGCCGCCAAGAAGCGCCGCACCACCUCAAGCACGACCAAGGUCAAGGGCACCGCAAGGGUCAAGGGCAAGAAGGGCAAGCUGUCGGCGUUCCUCGCCAUGCCGCUCGACCUCCUCGUCGAGGUCGCUCAGCACACCGACCCGCCGACCCUCCUCGCCAUGUCGCGCACCAACAAGCUUAUGCACAACCUGUUCGCCCGUCGUUCGGCCGCCCCGAUCUGGGCCGCCGUCCGCCGCAACGUCGACUUUCCCGAGCUCGAGGCGUCCGACCUCUCCGAGAUGCAGCUCGCGUCGCUCGUGUUCGACCGCAACUGCCACCUGUGCGGCCGCGGUCGGGCCGUCAUCGUCGACUAUGCGCUCCGGAUCCGCUGGUGUAAGCCCUGCGAGCGCGCCAACCUCGUGCGCAAAGGCGACCUGCGGCUUCAGGAACCCGCCGUCCACGUCCACAAGCUCGCGCUCGCCUGCAGCUUCUUCACCUUGCAUUCGGGCAAGAGCCACAGUGCCACAAUCGACCACCAUUACUGCCUGCCGCAACUGCGCGCUGCGAGUGACUGCCUCGACAUCCCCCGGCGCACACGCCGGCCCGAGGACGAGAUCUUGAACGCCGACCCGACCUCGCACGACCUCGUCGGGAAACACGUCGUCGACCGCGUGCGCCUCGUCAAGCUCGUGCAGGAGGACGCUGCAACACUCGCCGAGUGGGACGGCGCGACGCCGUCGGCUCGCGAGGAGGCGUACGCCGCCGCGCACGCCCUGCGCAACCGCAAAGCCCUCGUCAAGCAGAAGCUCCUCUCCAUGGGUUUCGCCGACGCCGACAUCGCCCUCAGCUCCAACUGGAACGUUCUGUUGCCGACUAUCAUCAUCGACGCCGAUCGCCGCCGUGCUGCGCGCCUCGACCUCGAGCGCGUUUCGCGGAUCUGGCGUCGUCACGACGCGCUCAAGCUCCGUUACUCGAUCAUGCGCUCGACCGGCGAUGACGAGCCCGGCCUGUCGUUCCCGUCCUGGUCCAACUUUCGCCUCCUGCCGAGCGUCGAGAGCCUGUGGGUGCCCGAGGGCGACGUCGUCUCGGACGAGCAGUGGCAGGCCGCCCUCCCGUCCAUCCUCGUCGACCUUGUCACUGCGCGCAGGGUGCUCAAGCUCAAGAAACCCGAGGCGCCGCUCAAGCCGACGGGCGCCCUGUUCUUCGAGGCCGACCUCGGCAGCUUUGACCGGCGCCGCCAGCUGUACAGCCGCAUGUACAUGUACGGUCCUGUUGGCUUCCUCGACUUUGGCGACACGGCCGACGGCGUCGACGAGGCCGAGCUCGACGCGCUCCUCUCGCAGGCGGUCGCCACGUUCAUCGGCAUCAGCUCGGGCGUGCGGGCGACCCUCGUCCCGUACUCCGACAUCGUGCCCAUGCUCGACAAGUACUGCGGGUCGGGUGGAUACACUAGCUUCGACGGCCUCUUCCAAGCGCCGUCGGUCCGACUCGUGCAGGAGCAGCUCGCCGUGCUCAAGCGCGCCGGCCUGCCCAACCACCGGUCGAGUAUCGCCAAGCUCGAGGAGCUCGGCCCCGUCUUUGAGUGUCACGGUUGUGACGCUGCGCUCCCGAGAUCCGCGAGGAGGUCCCACCUUCGCGUGGUCGUCAAAAGCACUUCCUUGUCCUGGAGCGAGAUGGUCUAUCACGCCUGCACGGCCCACUACGACCUCUACGCGUCCGACGGCGUCCACACGCUAGCUGCCACGCCCGCGAUCCGCCUCUCGACCUCAACCGACUCGCCUCCAUCGUCCUCUCCUUCCCUCCCCUCGACGACAAUGACCGCCACCGCCGACGCCCCCGUCGCUUAA